AUGGAUGACAACGACAAUGUUGCAACAUGCUGUUCUUUUCUUGCGAAUUAUUACAUGAAGAAAGGUGAUCUGAACACAGCCAGCCCAUUUGCACAGCGUUGCUUGGAAUAUGAUUCGACUAAAGAGGAAGGUCGCAGUUUGUUGCGUAAAAUCAGCCAGAUACAUCACCGGCAUUUUGUUCUGCCUGAGUCGUUCAUGUUAGGAAGUCCUCGUGGCAAUCUUAUGAAUAUGGAAACGCCGACCACAGCAGCAGCGGCAGCAGCAACAGCAGCAGCAGCCGUUGUAAGUACAGUGUAA